AUCCCCUUCUCCUGCCCAGACCCCCUCCAUCCCCUGCCCUAAGCCCCCCGUGCCCUGUUCUGAGCUUCCUCUCUCCACCUGGAGUGCCUCUAUCCCCUACCCUGAACCUACCCCACCUGCAGACCCCCCCAUCUCCUGCCCCAAGGCCCCCUCUACCAUGAUUUUGCUCAGCAGCUUCUUGCACCUUCGGCCUCGGUGCUGCGUCGCCCCAUUUGCAGGGCUGGGCAGGGGGCUUGGCCCCAUGGCGGGUUCCCGCAGGACUCUACGGGUGCUGGUGGACAUGGACGGGGUGCUGGCCGACUUCGAGGGAGGCUUCCUCAAGAAGUUCAGGGCCAGAUACCCUGAUGAGCCUUACAUUGCCCUGGAAGACCGGAGGGGCUUCUGGGUGUCGGAGCAAUACGGGCGCCUGGGACCCGAGCUGAGCGAGAAAGCGAUCAGCAUCUGGGAAUCCAAGAACUUCUUCUUGGAGCUGGACCCGCUCCCUGGGGCUGUGGAAGCUGUGAAGCAAAUGGCAAAUUUGGCAGACACUGACGUGUUCAUCUGCACAAGCCCGAUCAAGAAGUACUGCUACUGCCCUUACGAGAAGUAUGCCUGGGUGGAGAAGCACUUUGGCCCCGAGUUUCUCGAGCGGAUCGUUUUGACACGAGAUAAGACGGUGGUUUCUGCUGACUUGCUUAUAGACGACAGACCUGAUAUAACAGGGGCUGAGCUGAACCCCAGCUGGGAGCACGUGCUUUUUACAGCCUGUCACAACAAGCACCUGCAGCUGAAGCCCCCCAGCCGCAGGCUGCAGUCCUGGACCGAUGACUGGAAGGCCAUUCUGGACAGCAAACGCCUACCACCCUGCUGGACCACCUAAACACUGGCUUGCAGCCACCCACUUGUGUCCCUGCGGAGGCCUGCUGAAGACUGAAACCACUGAUGGACAGAUGGAGGGAUGCUGUCCCUGCUGCAGGAAGGAAGAGGAGGGCGACCUGAAGUGCCAUGGCCACCUGGACCCAGGGAGCGGACCCCAUCCUGGCUGUUCCACAAGGGACCAGCCGCAGGAUUGACCCUAUGGGUGUGGCAGCCCAGCUGGGGGGUGUUUUCCACCAGCUCUGGGCUCUCUGUGCUGCAUCUACACUGCUGGUGAGGCCAGCACAGUGUUUCUGACAGACACGGUCACCCUCAGCGUGUCGUUGCCCUUGUCAGGUGCACCGCAUGGCACACACCGGCUCUCCGUCCUGCUCUGUGUAGCAGGCAGGGAUUGUGCAGGUGGUUCGUUGCAUCCUCACAGGUUUGCAAACCAAGGGAGUUUGCAAAGCCUUGGGGGCUUUUCGUUCGGGGAGAGGAAGAGCUGGAAGGGCAGCAGGAGCUGGUGGAUGCUGCCCAGGCUGCCUGCUCUGCUGUGCUGUUCCUUGCAGCCAAUACAACAGGAUGGCUACAGACUUCCCUGCAGGAAGAGUCCCUGCAGCGGGAUAUAGGGACAGUACCACUCGUCCUGUGGAUCUGGCCAUGGGGAGGGAACCCUGAGGCACUGUCACACCUGAGAUACAGCUGGCACGAGGGCUCCCUGCUCGCCCUUGUCCCUGAGGAGCUGCCACAGCUUUGGAGCUGGGACUUUAGAGCUGAUUUGGGAUGAAUUGAGGGGCUUUUCUUAUGCUCGUUGCUUGUGGGCUGCUGACCCGGGGCAUCACUGGGGCAGCGAGCAGGCUACGGUUGUGUCGGCACCAGCCCUUCCUGGGAGUGGGGCAGCUCCUGCAGGAGCUCUUGGCUCACGCUGCCAGCCAGUGAUUGGUAGCUCCUUGGUUUUCAAAACCAGGAAGGUCUGCACAAUCAAAGCGCUCCAUCUCCCUCCUGGUAGUGUCCAACAUCAGCCUGCCAGGAAGGCUCUGAGUGUGCAUCUGCGAGGCACGCUUCUUCUUUAAUGGAAAUCCUGGGUACUGCAUCCCACCAGGAUGAGGCACAGGGAUGGCUGGUGCUGCAGAGCAUCCUGAAGUCUUCAGUGUGGAGCUGCCUGGGAAGAUGCCGCUGGGUGGAGAAGGGGUGCUGGUGGAGGAGCUAUGGCAUUGCUGAGAAGUGGGUAAAGCAGAGGCAUCAUGGAUGUCUGAAGGGCAAAUUUGAGGGUUGUGUUGGUGGAGGAUUGUCAUGGCCAUGUCUGUGGGUGCGGUUUUAAGUCCUCACACACCACCAGGAAAGAAGCUGGGAGGAUGUUGCUGUUAAAGGCUGGAGAGCCUGUCAGAGGUGCCCAUGAAGCUGUAACCCAGGUUCAGUUUGUUCUGCAGCUCCACUGCUGUCCCAGCUCUGGACAUCGGGGGACAGCAUGCUGCCUACCCCACUCACCUUAUGCCAGGACCCUUACAGCGAGGUGUUGGGCUGGUGGAAAGGGGCCGUGUCAUAUGCAGCUGUGCCCAACAUCACUGACAGAUGGCUGGGCUGAGGCUGCUGAGCUCUUGGAGCGGGGAAUGCUGCUGGGAAGCUGCGCCUGGGCACUGAACAGAGAACAUUUGGACCAAGGGGCAGCUGCAAGAGGGAUGCUUUUUGCAGAGGUGUGCUCACAACCUCUUCACCCCCUUCCUGGCUCUUUCCUGCACCAGCCUGAACUUGAACAGCAGGGGCUCAGCGGGCGCUGGCAGCAGCACUAAAAAGCAGCGGCUACAGCUUCUCCACCCAGCUGUGGAGAAAAGCCAUCCCAGCUGCUGGGGAGAGCUGGGUGUCCAGCUAUGGGAGCUGGUGCUGGGCUGUCCUGGGCAAAGCCCCAGGGGCACGCUGGGUGCGUCAGGGCUGCUGUGCGUCAUUGCUGACAUGGCAGAGACCACGCGGCCCCCGCUGUCCAUCAUGCUGUCUGGCAUCCCAGUGCAUGCUCCCACUCUGCUGGCCCAAGGAGUAAAUUCCCCACUGGGACACAUAGCCCCAUGAGCAGGGGCAGUAGCCAGGGCUUGGCCAGGGUUAGCCACUCUGCACUGCUUGCUUACACUUCUGGCUUGCCUCUCCUCUCUUCUAUGGGCCCCCAUCAGCAAAAACCUGUGUGAGCUCAAAGCUACAUAGCCAACACAUAACCUAUUUCAGCAGCUGCCAGCCCUCACUAUAUCUGGGUGCUGGAAAGGCUGUUGAAGUCAGUGCUUCUGAGUCUGUGCCUUCCCCAGGUGCUGUGGUGCCAGGGAUAAAGCCCACAUUGUCAUGAGUCUUUCUGACAGCUGCCCUGUCUCUUGAGAUGGGGUGAGUGCAUAAAGACGGCACAAUUGGUCCUUUGGUGGCAGGAGUUACAUACCACAAGGAUUUUUUUUUUUCAUUUUCUGUUUAAACCACUUGUGUGCUUCUCUGGGUGGUGGGUUUGGUUUGGGAGUUGUGUUUGCAAGGGGUGUUUGCAAUGUGCAGCCACCUGAGAUGCACCCUGGCCAAGAGCUGCCUUGGCUGGGGGUUUGCAGACAGGGAUCUGGGACUGCAUGUGAGUACCGUGGGCAGCCCCUGUGGCUGCUGAGCAUCCCAUACCCCUUGGUCUUGCUGGAGCCCUGCUCGCUGCCAGCCCCUGUGCAGCUGGGGUGGCAUUGUGGGGUCCAAGCUUUCUUUUUUUUCCCAGCAACACCGUUUAAACGUGAGUUGCCCAAGCUCUCUGGAGCAUUCAUGCUGCCCAUCCUCAAGCCAAAACUGUGAGCUGGCAUAUUGUUACAGCAGCUGCCCAAGCCAGCCUGAAACUGGGGUGGACCUGAGGGAUGUGGCCCUCUGGGGGCCAGUGGGUCUUUCCCCCUUCGUGGGACAUGUGAUGUUGGAGACACCAUAAUCAGUUCACACCAAAUAUACUUGAAAGCAGAGCUGGAGUUCCGUAUGUGUGAGACUCUGACUUAACGCACAGAAAUCCCACACAGGCAAGCUGGCCUGUUUACACCUGCAGAUCCUGGGAUUGGGAAGCAGCUCCAUCACCCAACAGACUGGCCCUAUCAAUAUCCCAGUCUUUCUUGGGCAGCUAAGAAGCACAGAGCUUUUAUUUUUAAAUGUAUAUCUAUAAAACUGAAGGCCGGUGAGGAGCACUGCAAUAAACACUGGGUUUUAUUGGCAUCCAGCUUGGGUUUUGCACUUUCCCACCUGCAGCUCUGUCCUCUGUGUGAGGCUGGAGGGUUUUGCCCAUGGGCUUUGGAAGGUCUCCACAUCCAAAAAGCCUAAAACCAGCCCACAGCAGUGCCACUGCCCUGUGAGGCUGAGACCGUGUGGGCAGAAAAAGCCAAGGGGUUGUUUUGGGUAGUGAUCAGCUUCCUAAAGAUCUUUUAUGAUAAAUA